AUAGGAGAAGGAGAAGCAAAAAAAGUUUUUUUUUUUUUUUUCCUUAAGCUUAUCACAAAAGAUAAAUAAAAUAAAAAAUAUAGGUCAGCUGAAGCUGAAGCUAAAGAGUUGAAAGAGUUCAGUGAUUUUGAUAAUUCCAACCAAAAAAAAAAAAAAAUCACCAUUCGGCGGUGGUUGUAGAUGGAGCGCUCUUCUUCACGACGGUUAUUACUGGUGGCGAUGGUGGCGAUGAUGGUGAUGGCGGUGAGGGCAGACGCUGUAAACAAGUCGUCGGAAGGGGUAUAUUGGUCUAGUGCAAAAGAGGACGAAUCCGUAGACCACGACGAUUUUGAUGGCGGCUUUUCUUCCCUCGACGGAAUGUUACAGUGGGCCAUAGGUCAUUCUGAUCCUGCCAAGUUAAAAGAAACGGCAAAAAAAGUCCAGCAAUCAUCUCCUGAUGAGCUAAAGAAGCGUCAAUUGGAAUUCAAGGAACUAAUGGAGAAGUUAAAGGUUCCAUCAGAUGCACAAUUGAUGCAAAUUGCUAUAGAUGACUUGAAUAAUUCCUCUUUAGCUCUGGAAGAUCGACAUCGUGCACUUCAGGAGCUUCUGUUUCUUGUUGAGUCGAUUGAUAAUGCAAAUGACUUCAACAAGCUUGGCGGCCUUCCAGUUGUUAUACAAGAGCUUAAUCAUCCUGACCCAGAUAUAAGGAGACUUGCUGCAUGGAUUAUUGGGCAAGCCAGUCAAAAUAAUCCUGCUGUUCAAGAGCAGGUCCUUAAACUUGGGGCAUUGUUGAAGCUGAUGAAAAUGGUAAAAUCCAAUUUCAUUGAAGAAGCCAUCAAAUGUUUAUAUGCUGUUUCAGCUUUGGUCCAAAACAAUUUAGCUGGUCAAGAAUUGUUCAUUGCAGAAGCUGGAUUAUUGCUCCUACAGGACAUUCUAAGUGAUACAAGCAUUGAUAUCAGACUGCAGAAGAAAGCUGUGUUUCUUGUGGGUGAUCUUGCAGGGUUUCAAUUAAUAACCGUACAUAAGGAUGAGAUUCCCUUUUUAAGCAACCGCUUUUUCUUAAAGUCUGUAGUUGAUCUAACAGCAUCUUCUGACCUUGAACUAAAAGAGAAGGUUCUCAUCACGAUUAAGAAUCUUUUGCUACUCAGAACAACUGAAGCAUCAGUUUUCAAGGAAUUUUGUGGUUUGGACAUCGCAUUGGAGAGGAUGAGACUGCAGCUGCAGGAUUUAACUGGAGAGGAAGAUCAAAGAGAUUAUGCAAUGGAUGUGGAAAGCCUUCGCCAUGAAGUAGAGCUGAUAUUUCAUCAAAAGCUGGGAAAAAGUAGUAACAACUAACUUGACCUAUUAGUUUUGUAUUUGAAUAUGAUGGCUGUUAAUUUACUUGUAAUGACGCUUAGCACGAGGUGCCGUGAAUGCAAUUCUUCGCCUACAUCCAAAA